ACCUUUUUGUUGUUGAAUUUUCAAUAAAAAUCUUAUCAGCAGAGAGAGAAAGUGUUCAAACAUGAACACCUUAACUUCAACGUCUCUCUGCAACCUCCAAGUUUCAAGGUAUCCUUCCACCGUUUCGAACCAGAGACACGUUUCACCCUGCAAUUCUCCACUUCCCGCCAAAAUCUUCUUCAGACUUUAUGCCAAUGCCAAUGAGCUGAAUGCUCAGGCAGCAGUGGAGGAACCAAAGGAAGAGGUGGAAAAAGCCGAGCCACGCGAAGCCGGAAAAUCCUCCACUUUCCCUGCUGCUGCUGCUUCUCCACUCGACAAGGACCUCAAAAAGGUUGUUCAGAAGACUGCUGCAACCUUUGCACCAAGGGCUUCCACAGCUUCCAAAAACCCUGCCGUGCCAGGCAGCACUUUGUACACUGUCUUCGAGGUUCAAGCGUACGCCUCCAUGCUGCUAGGCGGAGUUCUGUCCUUCAAUCUCAUCUUUCCGUCAAAUGAACCAGACAUAUGGAGAUUAAUGGGAAUGUGGUCCAUUUGGAUGUUUACAAUUCCUUCACUGCGCGCACGAGACUGCUCGAAAAAUGAGAAGGAAGCUCUAAACUAUCUCUUCCUCCUCGUCCCGUUACUCAAUGUUACAAUCCCAUUCUUUAUUAAGUCCUUUGCUGUCGUUUGGUCUGCUGAUACCGUAGCCUUUUUCGCCAUGUAUGCGUGGAAGCUUGGUUGGCUGCAAACAAAAGACUAGGAAUCCAAGUAGCUUGCUUUUUCAGAUGAAUCGAUAGGCACACGAUUAUACGAGGUUUCUCGAUGCUGAUGGCUCGAAAGUAUGAAGAGAGCUUGUACAUUUACAUGAAAAAAAUGGUGCUUGCCUCACUUGCAGCCUGCAGAUGCCAAAGCCACCGUCAGACUUCGGGGAAAUGUCGCGGUAAUGGACGCAUUCGUUCAUGUUUCGGCGAUCUUAUUCAUAUGGGAUGGAUAUUGACAAGAGAAAAUAUAGUUGAACAAAAGUUAUGAAAUGAUAAAUUUGUAGUUUUGUACAUAGAAAUACUGAAUCGUUUCGCUGUUGUUCUUGCAACAACAUAACAAUGUCAUUCGUACUUCUAUUGGAAUCUCGGAAAGUUACCGCAUCAA